GAUUUCCCCGUUUGGAAUUUUCUAAACUGGAGGCUUGUAGGGGCUGUUGAGGGGCUUCUGAUUACAGCUCGGCCGCGGGCGUCACCCUUCCUCUCGGCUGCUGGGGACCUUGCUCAGCUUCUAAGUCUCUGAAAAGUUUGGGUUUGAGGGGCACCUUACUGGGACAUGUUGUCCCCCAGGGAUCUUAAGAGGAAGAGGGGGGGAGAUGACUGCAUGGACGCGGAUUGUGCUACUGCUGCCCUUGGCGCUACUUCUACCCGCAGUGCCCGGGGGCUGCCUAAGUCGGCAGGAGCUCUUCCCUUUCGGACCCGAGCAGGGGGAUCAGGAGCUGGAAUCUGGGGACGACUCCAUCUCCCCAGCCUUGGAGCUCCGCCUGCGGAUCCACUUCUAUGACAAAUAUGAUAUCUCCUCCGUCUAUGUCUCUACAAAUGGCCUCAUUGCCAUGAGUGAACCUCCUCUUGAAGAAGCCAGCCCUGGUCGAUUUCCACCUUCAUUUGGAGCUGUUGCACCCUUCCUGGCAGACCUUGACACCACAAAUGGUGGAAAGGUUUAUUAUCGGGAAGAUUCUUCCCCUGCUAUUGUUCAGCUAGCUGCCGAUUGUGUCCGGAAAGGUUUCCCUGAGGUCUCUUUCCAACCCCAGAGUGUGGUGGUGGUCACCUGGGAAUCCGUGGCUCCUUACCAAGGGUCAGAAAGGGACCCUACCAAGGAGGGCAAGAGAAACACAUUCCAGUCUGUCUUAGCUUCCUCUGACUCCAGUUCGUAUGCCAUUUUCCUUUACCCAGAAGAUGGUUUGCAGUUCUACACCACGCACUCCAAGAAGGAUGAAAACCAAGUUUCUGCUGUGGUUGCAUUUAGUCAAGGCUCCGUGGGUUUCUUGUGGAAAAGUGAUGGUGCCUACAACAUAUUUGCUAAUGACAGAGAAUCCAUUGAAAAUCUGGUCAAGAGCAGCAAUGCAGGACGUCAAGGUGUCUGGGUUUUUGAGAUUGGGAGCCCUUCCACUGCCAGUGGUGUGGUGCCAGCUGAUGGCAGCCUUGGCUCUGAUGGCACAGAAUAUGAAGAUGAGGAAGAUGAAGACUAUGACCUGGUGAGCGUGUCUGAGAGGUCCCUGGGCUUGGAGGAUGUGGGCACCACAAUUGACCCUUACGAUGUCCCCAGGAGAGGAGAUGAAGACACAUAUGAUUUGUUAAAUCCCAUCUCCCCACGUCACGCCAGUACGGAGAGACCACCUCUAGAAGAACCCAUUGUGGUGGAUCAGUACCCGGAUCCUUCUGGUAGGGGAACCAAGUCGUUCCUGUACCCAGCUGAAGGAUUUCCCCAGCAGCAUGCACAGGUCAUAGAUGUGGAUGAAGUAGAGGAAACAGGGAUUGUUUUCAGGUACAACACUGAUUCUCGACAGACUUGUGCCAAUAACAGAUACCAGUGCUCCAUUCAUGCACAAUGCAGAGACUACCCAACAGGUUUUUGUUGCUAUUGUGCCGCCGGAUAUACUGGAAACGGUAGACAGUGCGUUGCCGAAGGUUCUCCCCAACGAGUUAAUGGUAAAGUUCGAGGAAGGAUCUUUGUAGGGAAUAGCCAAACUCCAGUUGUCUUUGAGAAUACUGACCUCCAUUCUUACGUUGUGAUGAAUCAUGGGAGAUCCUACACAGCCAUCAGCACCAUUCCUGAGUCCCUAGGCUAUUCUCUGGUACCCCUGGCUCCUGUGGGAGGCAUUAUUGGAUGGAUGUUUGCUGUUGAGCAAGAAGGAUUCAAGAAUGGAUUCAGUAUCACUGGAGGAGAGUUCACUCGUCAAGCUGAAGUGACUUUUGUUGGCCACCCAGACAAGAUGGUCAUAAAACAGAAAUUCAAUGGCAUUGAUGAGCAUGGCCACCUGACCAUCACUACAGAGUUGGAUGGACGCGUCCCUGAGAUCCCAUUUGGCUCCACUGUCCAGAUAGAACCUUACACUGAGCUCUACCAUUAUGCCAACUCUGUUAUCACAUCCUCUUCCACCCGGGAAUAUAAAGUGACUGAACCUGCCCAAGAUGGGAUUGCUUCUUCACGUACCUACACUUACCAAUGGAGGCAGACCAUUACCUUCCAGGAGUGUACUCACGAAGAUCCUCGACAGCCUCUUCCUCCCACCCAGCAACUUUCUGUGGAUAGUGUGUUUGUCCUAUACAACAAGGAAGAGAAGAUCUUGAGAUAUGCUUUGAGCAAUUCAAUUGGUCCUAUUGGGGAUGGCUCCCCUGACUCCCUUCAGAAUCCUUGCUACACGGGUACCCAUGGUUGUGACACAAAUGCAGCGUGCCGCCCAGGUCCAGGAAGUCAGUUCGUUUGCGAGUGCUCCAUUGGCUUUCGAGGAGAUGGACAGAGUUGCUAUGAUAUUGAUGAAUGCUCAGAGCAGCCAACAGCCUGUGGAAGCCAUGCUAUCUGCAAUAAUCACCCAGGAACCUUUCGCUGCGAGUGUAUCGAGGGCUACCAGUUUUCUGAUGAAGGCGUGUGUGUGGCUGUUAUUGACGAUCGCCCUAUCAACUACUGUGCAACUGGCCUCCACAAUUGUGACAUCCCCCAGCGGGCACAGUGCGUGUACACUGGUGGCUCCUCCUACCACUGUUCCUGUUUGCCUGGCUUCUUAGGAGAUGGGCAUGCCUGCCAAGAUGUAGAUGAAUGCCAACAAAAUCGUUGUCAUCCAGAUGCUUUCUGUUACAACUCUCCGGGCUCCUUUGUUUGCCAAUGUAAGCCUGGAUAUCAGGGUGAUGGUUUCCAGUGUGUUCCAGGAGAAGUAGAGAAAACCAGAUGCCAGCGUCAAAGAGAACAUAUUCUAGGAACAGUGGGUGCCACAGACCCAAGAUGGCCCAGACCUGUAGGACAGUUUGUUCCUGAAUGUGAUGAACAUGGACAUUAUGUACCAAUGCAGUGCCACCACUCUAGUGGGUACUGUUGGUGUGUGGAUCGAGAUGGCAAUGAGAUUGAUGGCACCAGGACCGGCCCUGGAAUGAGACCCCCAUGUCUGAGCACAGUUGCUCCUCCAGUCUAUCCUGGACCUUCGGUUCCUCCAGCUGUAAUCCCUCUCCCCCCUGGGACACACUUACUCUUUGCCCAGACUGGGAAAAUAGAGCGUCUCCCACUAGAAGGAAAUAAUAUGAAGAAAACUGAGGCUACGGCUUUACUUCACGUCCCUGAUAAAGUUAUUAUUGCACUCGCCUUUGAUUGUGUGGAUAAGGUGGUUUACUGGACAGACAUCAGCGAGCCUGCCAUUGGGAGAGCCAGCCUUUCUGGUGGGGAGCCAACAACCAUCAUCAAACAAGAUCUUGGAAGUCCGGAAGGACUUGCUGUUGAUCAUCUAGGUCGCAAUAUUUUCUGGACUGAUUCUCAUCUGGAUCGAAUAGAAGUAGCAAAGCUUGAUGGUAGCCAGCGGCGAGUACUCUUUGAGACAGAUCUGGUGAACCCCAGAGGAAUCAUAACAGAUUCUAUUAGAGGAAACCUUUAUUGGACAGAUUGGAACAGAGAAAGUCCUAAAAUUGAAACUUCCUACAUGGAUGGCACCAACAGAAGGAUCCUUGUGAAAGAUGACCUGGGAUUGCCCAAUGGAUUGACUUUUGAUACUUACAGUUCACUGUUGUGCUGGGUAGAUGCAGGCACCAAUCGGGUGGAAUGUAUGAACCCUAGUCAUCCCAGCCAGCGCAAGAUCCUUGAAGGGCCCCAGUAUCCUUUUGCCGUUACAAGCUAUGGGAAGAAUUUGUAUUACACAGACUGGAAAACGAAUUCUGUAGUGGCUGUGGAUCUCGCUAUCUCCAAAGAGACGGACAGCUUCCAUCCUCACAAACAGACCCGGCUGUAUGGCAUAACAACAGCUUUUUCUCAGUGUCCCCAAGGCCACAACUACUGCACAGUGAAUAAUGGAGGCUGCACACAUCUCUGCUUGGCUACCCCAGGAAGCAGGUCCUGUCGAUGUCCUGACAACACCCUGGGGGUUGACUGCAUAGAGAGGAAGUAAUGCACUGGAACACCACUUACAUUCACCACAUUUUCAACCGCAACACCCUACCUUGACAUGGGCCAGACUGAAACCACGUCUUUCAGAGCCAAGUUGUAAUUGACCCAGUGACCAGCACAACCUGGGGACCUUCAGUGUUCCAUUUGCCACUAAAAAAAAAAUACAUUCUGUGCUCUCUGUCAUAGGAAAGCCUCAAUCUGUAUACUAGAACCUUAAGGACCCUCUUGGUGGAGGCUCCUGGAGAAAUACAUGAAGCCCCACAGCUGUGUUGUCUGGCUUCUUGAGUCUCUCUCAGCCCCUGGAUACACAGCCAGCCUGAGCCAAUUUAGGAAAAAAUUGUGAGGUAGGCAAGGUAUCUCUAUGGUGGCCUCCUACCUCCCUGCCAGGUGCUCUCUUUUCCUGUUUCAUUGCCCUCCCCUUCUAGUAUACGUCUUCCAACAAAUUCAGUUCUCUCAUUUACUCCUGGACAAAGAAAACCUUGUGUAUUCUCCUUCCCAUUUCCCUGGGAAUUCUACUGUCUGCUGAGGAAUUUAUGUCAUCUGUCCCCAGUAAGAUAUUACAUUUCGAUGAUGACGUGAGGUAGACCAGGCUUUAAUCCAAAUGAAUGAAUCUAAAAGUAGAUAUUUUAGACCAAUAAAAGAGAUAUUUAGGUAUAAGAGGAUUCUUUGGUGUCCCUCAAGCCACACCAAUAACUACCUUCUCUAAUGCAUCUACCCACAUGUACCCCUACCACCAAUAAUCCAGUAUGCCAAGACCAUAGAAUGUAAGAGCUGAAAGGGUUAUCUUGGGUCCACCUUUCUCAUUCUACAAAUGGGGAAACUGAGCCCCAGAGAGACUACAUAGGCAACAAUUCAUUCCUUGUGUCAACAUUUUAUACAAGUGCUCUUCUCCUGGGUUGGGGAUUUCUCUAACACCAAGGCCAGGAAAUGAAUGCUAGGGAGAUCAUUUUCUCCUCCCCUACCUGGUCCAUUUAGCAGACUAACCUUCCUCAUAGUUAAAACUCUCCUCAGGUCUGCUUUUCCUCUUAAUUGGAUUUCUAUGAUUUCAAGUGCCUUACCCAGUAUCCUCACUCACUGUAUGGAUGAUCCUUGUUGGCCUUCCAUCUUCUCAUUCUUGAAGAAUGAGUCCUGUCUUCUCAUUUUAUGAGAAAAACUGCAGAACUGAUGAUGCCUCAGAGGGAGGCAGAUGACUGUGAGAAGUAAUGGGGGGGAGGCGUGAAUGGUCUCUUUUUUAGCAUAAAGUGCUGGGCACAUCUCAGUGGUUUGGACAUCCCAGGAGGCAUCCCAGAAAAUGUAAGGCCAUAACACUUCAAUUCAGCAUUUAUUUGGCACCUACUACAUGCAGAUCUUUGUUACUGGGCUGUGCAGACAGUGGAUACUUCAUAAAUAUAACCUAAAUUGGAUUCCUGGUUUAAAUAACCUAAUUCUUAAUUGUUUAUUGAUGAAGACUUACUAAAAGGGUCCUUGCCUCUUUUUUUUAUUCCCAGUGCUUAGCACAGUGCCCAGCACAUAGUAGUCAUUUAAUAAAUGUUUAUUGAUGGGUUGCUCCCAUUUAUUUUUGCUAGUUAUUUCCUACGAUUGAUUAAAAGAUGUUCUUUUAGCUGUUUGAGUGGCUAGCAUGAGAUUCUUGUAUCACCUACUCUUCAGAGGCCAAUAGCUAAUGCCACAGUAGAAAUAUGGGGUCCAAAGCUAAGUUUCUGAAGUUUUGAUGGCAUAAAGACCACGGAUUUUAAAGCUGUAGAAGGGAAUGUAGUGAUUGAUUUAAAUAGCUUUAGACAAAAAAAACCCCCAAAACUGGAGAGGCAAAAAGAAUGUGAAUAUUAUCAACAAAGAAAACUCAGUAAGCUCUGAGCUGAAGGGAUCCAUGUGCCAAAGAAUAUUUACUCUCUCUUUCUCUGUCUCUCUCUUUGUCUCUCUGUGUCUCUCUAUCUCUGUCUUUCUCUGUCUCUGUUUCUCUGUCUCUCUCUGUCUCUCUCUCCCCCUCUUCCUGUCUCUGUCUCUGUCUCUCUCUCUUACAUUUUCCUUGGCAAUGCCAUGGAAGAUAAUCAAUUAAGUGCCAAAUGAAUAGCAUAGUAAGUUCUGUAGGAGUCCAGAGAGGGCAGUGGACUAGAUUGUUCAGGAAAAACUUCGUGGAGGAAUUGAAACUUUCCUUGGACCAUGAAGAAUAGCCAGAAUUUGAAGAGGGGGAAAGGCGUAGAGUUGGAAAUUCAUAGAGUUGAGGACAAGUACAGUGUCUCUGAAAGACAUUCAGCAGAUCAGAGUAGGUAAAACAGAGUUUGUAUAAGAAAGUAAUGGGAGGUAACAUUAAUAAGGGAGCUUGGCAUCAGGUUGUGGAGAGCCUUGAAUGCCAAGGAAAGGAAUUUGGGUUUUAUUUUGAAGAUAAAGAAGAACCUUCUAAUUGUUGGGGAGGGAGGAGUUCUUCCUCUGAACAGGACAGUGAAAUAAGUUAUUGGUAGUUGAAGAAGAUUAAUCUGGAAGUAGUGUGUAGGGUGGAGGGGGAGGGGAACCAGUUUAGGCAGGGAGAAGAAUUAUGAGAUGAUUGCAAUAUGCCAAGCACGAUGUUAAGGGCCUAGACUGGGGGAUGUUACUUGUCAGCCUGUUAAGAGAGAUUCCUGUUUAGAUGUAGGUUGGACUAGAUGACCCCUGAGGUCCCAGACAGUGCUAAGAGAUAUUUUCAAAAUUUCUUUUAAUAACUUUAUUAGCUGAUAAAGGUUUAUAGUGUGACCUUUCUCAGGGCUGUUUGCUCUUUUUUUCCAUAGGGGGCUCUUAGAGACAAAGACAUUUAAGACUCAAAGCAAUUAAGCCAUAAUGGCAAAAUAACAAGUGGGUUUUUCUGUCAUUGGCAGUCUUCAAGCAAAGACAGGAUGAUUAUUUUUUGAGAAUGAUAUAGAGAGAUUCAUGCCUCGGGUAGAGCUUGUAUUAAAUGAACCUUGAGGUCCACUCCAAUCUUGCAAUUCUGUAAUUCAGUGAUUUUUCCUUCCCAAGAAUGGUCUUCCCACAACAUCUCCCCUCUAUGCUCACUCCAGUUCCUACCCGUCUCCCUCUGUCUUUCUAUACAUCUAGAGAAGAAGAACCUUGGGACCCAGGUGAGGAGAGAACCUUUCCUUACACAUGAUAAGUAUAAUUUUAUUUUAUGAUGCAGGCAAUACAUCUCCAUGAAGCACAAGAUUGGGGAACCUUUUGGUCCCUGCAGUAGGGUUGGGGUUGAUUUGAGGCCUGUUCUACAGAUGAGAUUCCUUUUGAUUUAUAUUUAUCAAAACAUAUCCAGCUCUAUAUAAAGUGUUCUUCAUGAUUUUGUAUAACUUUUAUAACUUCAUUUUAUUCAUAUUUUAUCAGAUACAUUUUUCAAAAAAUUUUAAAAGCUGUCAAUUCUAAAAAAUGUGCAGAACAUUGAAGGUGCUUAAUAACUAUUUUCCCCCAAAGUUAUGCAAUUAUCAGGUGAUUCCCUAAAGUUUACAUCUGUGCCACUAAUAGUGCAAAAAAUAAUAAAGUGGUUUUUUUGUAAAAAAAAAA